AUGGGCCCGCUGCCGACCGCGCUGGUCACGCUCCUGCUGGGCGUGGCCGUCUCCGGCUCCGGCUCCGGUUCACACCGGGUCGGAUACGGCUCCUCGCACGGCUCAUCGUAUGGCCACAGCCCAAGCAGCGGCUACGGAGUGCCCAGAUACACGCCAAGCAGCAGCUACGGAGCGCACAGGUACAGGCCAAGCAGCGGCUACGGAGCGCCCAAUUACAGGCCAAGCAGCGGCUACGGAGCGCCCAAGUACAGGCCAAGCAGCGGCUACGGAGCGCCCAAGUACAGGCCAAGCAGCAGCUACGGAGCGCCCAAGUACAGGCCCUACGGAGGGAGCACGCACGGGCUCAGCGGCAGCAUCGGAGCGCUAGUGCGCAGGCCCAGCGCCAGCACUGGAGCAGUUCCGCACAGGCCCAGCGCCAGCAUUGGAAAGCCCAUCACCGGCGGCCAGGACUCCGGUGUACAGCGGCCCGUCCAGUUCCCCCAAGGUGAUCAGCCGGACUACAUCAUCUCGUGGCGAGACGUGGACCCGAUCCGGCAGUACUCUUGGAACGAGGCGGACGAGGAAUGCCGCUCGCGUGGCCGCCGCCUCAUAUCCCUGCAGACUGCAGAGAAGGAUGCAUUCGCCGUGUCUGAGAUCAAAAGCGCCGACAUCCCUUAUAUUUGGACGUCCGGCACGAAGCAAGACGGGCUGUUCUUCUGGGGCGAUGGGUCUCUCUUGCCGUCUGGCUACACCAACUGGAGUAAGACCGGCGGCGCCGGCAGGCCUCAGCCGGACAACAACGAAGGCUCCGAAAACUGCGUGGGAGUCCUCAACAAUUUCUACGACGACGGCAUCGUCUGGCACGACAUCGCGUGCCAUCACAGGAAGCACUUCAUCUGCGAAUGAGCCAGUGAUCGCCGCGCUGGUCGGUCCACGUGAGCCGAGUUCGUACCCCACUGUCAAUGACCACCUGUCGGACCUGUACGGUCAGGGUUGUGCAACGCAACCUGUUGCCGCAGUCGUAAUCAAAGGUCAAGCAAUCCAUUGUAUCAGCCUAUGCCCCGUGCGGCACAAGGAGGGGUCGGAACUGUACAGAGCAGGGAGGCGGAAUAUACAGAUUGCGUGACAAUGGGUAGGCUGCUUCGGAGCUUUACGUGCUCUGACCCAUCAGAACCGAACUGGCCAGCUACGCCCAGAACCAGGCCAAACUGGCCAUGCUUUCGAAAACAAUCUGUUGCCGACGCGACCCACCUGGGGCUGGCUUACAGUCACGUGAUAUCAGCACAACGAGCGACAGUCAACGACCCGGGUGGAGGCUCGUAUGUGCAUUGCAAGCAUCCCCUGUAGGCUCGUAGCUGUUAGGGUCUCGCAACUAGAAGACAAUUGGGAGGUCAGUAACUGAAACCUGGCAAACACAGGAAUACACUCAACACGCUUUCAAAGCCCAGCGGCACGAAACAUAACAGCGGAGAAGCGACCAAGUUGACCAAAAUUUUACACAAGGCCGUUGCACAGGUGGCACACAAAAUAGCGACUAAAGAGGAGAAUGGAGAACGGUGACGAGCCUGGCGGCAACUAGCUGUGCUGACGCGGAGCGUAGCGAUAAAACGCCUGCGAGCCAGCCGCCUGAGAGACCUUGCACGCAGCAAGUUGUCGCCCUGUCCCGUUCGUUGGCUAUGUGGUCUCUGACACA